AUGUUCCGCGGACACCGCGCUUGGUUCUCGCAGAGUGUCAGCCCGGGCCCGCGGGGGCUCUGGGCCGAUGGCGGCGGGACCAUUGCCCACUGGCUGGAUGCUGAUUACCUCUUCAGCAGCGAUGCUGCCCACCCUGACACCCGCAGCAUCCACGAGAGCCUCAGUUACCUGGAGGGCAAAGCCACGGUCUUUCACUCCUGUUACCUCUCUGUGUGUGCGAGCACCCGAGCUGCAGAGAGGCCCUCGGUGCUUCUGGGCCACUUCAUCCUGCCCCCUGCCUGCCUGCACGAAGAAAUCAAAAGGAAAAUUGGCCGGUUUAUUUGGGAGAAGGCAGAUGCCCUUGAAGAACAGCCCAAGGAAAAUCCUACAGAGGAACCAGAAGCAGCAAGAAAUAGCUGUGAGGAAGAAUCAGAGGAGGAAGUGCUAGACCUGGCUGAGAGCACUGAAGAAACAGAGUCUGAAGCACUCACCCAGGGAGAAUUUCCAUGCCGUGCCCUCCAGGAAUACCCAAUAAAUAACAUGGUGACAGGCUAUGCCUCUGCACGGGACAUGAAGAAAUACGAGGGGGAACUCCACGACUUCAUCCCCGGCACCUCGGGCUAUGCAGUGUACUGGGUUCAAAGCAAAUGCAGCAUUUACUGUGAGAAGGCCAAAAUGAAGAGGAAAUGGUAAGGAACAGGUGGCUGGAGCAGCAAAAUUUCAAUGGAAGAGCUGCCAGAUGAUUUAUAAAUUAUCCCACUGCAGCUCAGAGCAUUCAAUGUGUUAUUUGAGUACUGGCAACAGUUAUAGCAGUAUUUGCUUCUUUAAGUAACUACUUCAACUAAA